UAUUGAUUACCUAAUGGUUAUUAACUAUACAACAGUUUGAAAUGAUUCAUAUAAGAUUUUUACUUAAUGAAUAUUAGUUAUUGUAUACGUUUAAUUUCACCGUGAAGUAAAAUAAAUAAUAAUAUUAAAUUUUGUUUUAUAAUAUAUAAAAUACAAUUAUGGUUUUAACAGUUUCUUUAGUGCACAUAUUCCAGCAACCAUUUCAAACAAUUAAAACUUACUACAGUCAAAUCAGACAAAAAGACGAUGUUGUUAAAAUUUCAGAAUUAAUUGAUGCGCACAUCGAUGAACAUGGAUUUGAAUAUACUAAACAUAGGCUAGUAUGUCAUAAUAUUAUUCCUCAAGUGUUAAGGCGCGAUCAAAUACUGCACAUUCCAGAAAUAGUUAUUGAAGAAGAAUGUUGGUAUGAUGAAAAAGGUCAAAAAUUUUGGGCAAGGACGAGAAAUUUGAGUUGGUCCGAAAUAGCCACGUUAUCUAAUAUAAUAACAUUAUCAAUAACACCAGACCCAACAUGGACUAAGUACGAAAUUGAUGGUAUCACAGAUUUUUUUGGAACACAACCUCCUGGAGUUGGCUAUGCAGUAGAGUAUUUUUUGAAAAAAUAUACCGAAAAAAAGUUGUUGGAACAUAUUAAAAUAAUCGAUCAGGAAUGUUUGAAAAAUAAUGAUAUAUAUUAAUGUAAGAUCUUAUAUUAUCAUUUUGAUUUUUUUUACAAAUAUUUAUACAGUAUAGAUCUGUUUUAAAUGCAUAUGGGAGGAAUAGAAAAUAUACCUACUUAACUGUCUAUUAUCUGCAAUAAAAAAAAAUAUCUCAUCAUUGUUAAAAUGUAUGAAAGUUACUCAUAAUUAUUUAUUAAUUAUACACACAAAAUGAAAUAAGAAAUACAAAACAGUCUGUUUUAUUUAUAUUUAUUACAUUAUUAUAGCGAUUUUCGAUAAUUUGAUAAAUUAGAAUGAAACCGCUCAAUUUGGAUGAUGUUGAAGCACCUUUUAUAUUAUAUUGAUUAACAAUUAAACAUAAGCAUUGAUUACUUCAAAUUGAUAGGAGUUCAAAUAGUUCAAUGAUACAUAUCAAUCAAAUGAUGUAUAUUAGCUUAUAGUAUAUUAUAUUUAUAUUUUUAUUACUUAAAAGUAUUCAUGAGCUAAUUUAUCAUAGGUGAAUCUAACAUUGAAUGGUUCAUCACUAUAGUUACAAAAAAAUUGCAAGAAAGUUAGUCGUUGAUACUAAGGUAUUCAAUAGUUCUAUAACUAAUAAUACUAACUUUUAUAUUUAUGUAAAAAAAAUAACUUUUAAUUCA